GAAGCAUCCGAUGCGAGUCGCGCAAUGGUAGUGCUGCCCUGGCUUUUCAUCUCCGUACAGUAACAUCGUCCCCUCGUCUCUGUUUCCUGAAGCCAUCGCCAGGUGGGAUACCCCCCGUCAUGUGGCCAGUCUUCGCCCAUGUCUGGACUCUGGAACGUCUCUACUCUCUCUCCUUGUCUUCUUGAUCGUGCCCUGGCUGGUUGGCUGUGCCCAGAAUUGCUUGUUCCGUGCCCUUCUCCGAAUUUUCCAUUACUUGUCGUCUCGGCGGGUUGCUAUGUAGUCCGACCUCUCCUUUCGAUGUCAUGAUCGGGUAAACACCAAAAGAAUAUACCAUUUUCAGUCCAUCCUUCGCUUCUUUUUGCCUCUUGGCACCCUCUUCCAUCCGCGAUUGAAAUUGCAGGUCGAUUUCACCGGUAUCUUUCGCUCCUUAAUACUCCGUACAGUCUCUCACCACUACGAAGACGCCGGUCGUCAUUUCCAUAUUGAAAACUACAAGAAAACAAACACUCUGUCGAGCCCGUAGAACGAACAUCAUCUCGGACUGAGUCAAAGGGGGCAGCCGAGUCUUUCAAGUCAAGGCUGCUCAUCAACAACAACAGACACACGAGACAACACCUACAAGAAAUACAAUGAGUAAAGUGCUUCUGGCCUAUGUGGUCGCCGAUGGCCUCUUCCUCCUGAUGGGCAUCUUCAUGAUCGCUUUCUCCGUCAUUGUUCAGAACAUCCAGUUUGAGGUCCCUACAGAAGGACAACAAGCAGCAAGGAAUCUUUUGUACCAGAGAUUUCCUCUCACAGCCGGUAUCGUGAAUGCCGUCUUCAUCUUCGUCACUUUCCUCUUCACUAUUCCCGGUAUAAUCACCCCCGCACGAGGAUGGCUCAAGCUGGGCGGCUGGAUGACCACCGUCUGCGGUAUCUUCAGCCUCAUCAUCGGUCUCUACCUCUGGAUCAUGACCCUCAAGACCAAGGCGGAUUUUGCUCCCUUUUAUUUUAGCCAGCCUCCUGAGAUUCAGGAGCUGAUGCAGUCAGCUUUCAAAUGCUGCGGCUACUUCAAUAGCACCUCCCCCGCCUUUAUCACCGACGACAUCUGCUCCAGCCCAGCUGCCGCCGCGCUCAUGCGCCCAUGUUCGACCCCCAUCACCUCCUUCGCCAACGUCCUGAUCGACAACAUCUUUACUGCGGUUUUCGGCAUGGUUGGUAUCGACGUUGUCCUUAUCAUGGCGACCGCUUGUCUGCUGAAGGAGCGCAGGGAGAGGGAGCGCUUCCGUCACAUCGACGAGAAGAGUGGUGCUAUUGGAUUCUGAAGAGGGUUACGCAAGCGAGGGAACGACGGCAUAUGAAUAACAGCAUACACGAAUCUGCCCUGCGAGCGCGAUGAUGCUGGCUAGUUGACCCCUCUUAUGAUGACGGACGGGAGGAAGAGCAUGGAAAAGGAAGAAAUCCUGACCGAGGAACUGUGAGAAAGAAAAAAGAGUCCUGGACGGACCACACCGGAGGGAACGAACCAAACAGACUCGCAGGACGAGAGGCCGUGAGUGGAAAGGGCGGCGGGCGGUCCAAACAAAACAUUAUUACCACACCCAAAGCCAGUGACGCCUCGGACGCACACGACAUACUUUCUCGGCUGGCUGUUGGAGAUCAUCUACUUGGUGGGAGGUCUGAACAAAUUGGGAUACAGUACCACGGCUGGAUGGCGAAAACGAGGGACAUCUAUCAACCUACCUCGGCUAAUAAACACCACUUCAUGCUCGCUUCUCAAAUCCACCGAUAGACAAAUGAUACCCAUAAACCCAUUAGGAACAUCCAUUGACUCUCUCCCUCACUCAUUUACCGACUGACAAGACUACGGUCAAGAAUUGACAUUUGCAUCACUCCACCACUACUUGGUCGUC